AUGGGUGGUGACGGCGGCAGUAUACCCCGUCGUGUCGAACUUGUGCGGAACAAAAAAGAGCAAGAAAAGGCCGAAAGAUCAGCGCUUAACGCUGCGCGAUGGAAGCACUGCGCGCUAAGUGAACAACCACUCCGCCAACCAAUUGUUGCGUGCAAGUUAGGGAGGUAAGACAUAUCCUUCCAUUAAUCUGAGAUGCGUACAGGUUGUACAACAAGGAGGCGAUCAUUGAAAAGUUGCUGGACAGUAACAAAUUCUCUAGUAAAGCGGCAGAUCAUAUAAAGAGGCUUAAAGACGUUCGUGAACUUAAACUAACACCCGAUACUUCCGAAAGUCAGACCUCUACGGGCACCAUUCCUUCCGCGGAAGGAAAAUCUGAAAAAUUUUGCUGUCCUAUUAUGAAUAUUGAAAUGAAUGGAUCCUAUCCUUUUGUUUUCUCUUGGGUCUGCGGUUGUGUUGUUUCGAAGCGUGCGUUGGACGCCGUGAAGGACAGUGCGUGUUUACUUGUAAGUCCCCUGUUUUCUAUGCACUGUCCUGAUUUGUUUUUGUGCUCUUAUUUAUGCUGAAAAAGAAUCUUGUAGUUAUAUCGUCCUUUUGCUAGGACAGAUUGCAAGCAACCUUUCAACACUCCUCUCUUAAGGAUGCAUGCUUUUAAAGUAUGAGGUCUCGUCCAUUGCCGUUUUAUAUUACAGAGCCUCUUCUCUACUCAUGGACAAUACUUAACUGAAUCAGACAAUACGCUGCAUCUUUGCACGGCGCUGUCAUAGUGGCCUUGUUUAGACUUUUCGAGUGGGACUUGGCCAACCGUGUUCAUGGUCACUGAAAUCUUUGACAUCUUUACCAUAACCUGUGCUAACGAGACCAGUUUUUUUGUUUCUCCUUUUAGUUAACCACCGUCACUGUUUCACUACUUACAACUAUUACCCGUAACUACCGUAUAGGGAUUGUUAAGACUGAAAGUUGGAUUGCGGCGGAGUAGGACACAGUUGAGAAUCCUGGUUAUACUGGUUAUGCUGGCAACGUCGUUAUGCCUAUGACACGUCAACAUGGGGCAUCAUCGGGGCCGGCUAGAUCAAGCAUGAUCACAGCCGUACCAAGCAAGCAAGCAAAGGCAAAAUAUGGUAUUUAUGUAUGUUGUACGACACUAAAACGAUUUUGUGUGUAGUGGAUUUUGAGCUGCUAUGGGGACUGUUUUAAUUAUUUAAUUGAAUGGAGUUUUCUGGUGUUUCGUGACGUAUUACACGGCCAAAUUAAAGUAUAGUUGCUCACUGACUCGGUGGCUUGAAUCAGAAGCCGAGUCAAGUGAAUGAACGUUUUAGUUAACUUCACCAACCGGGCGAGUAUGUUAGCUGCCUCGUUGGUAAACUUUGCGAGCAAAAGUUUCAGUCGUUUUUUGUGCUCUCUCUAUCUGAAUUAAUUUUCAUCGCUUGGACCUUUUCGUGGUCACGACAUUUCUCAUUCAACUUUCAGAAGAAUGGUAAUAUUCGCUUAUUCAGAUUCUGUAUGCUCCCGCACCACCGUCGGUUAGCCUAUCAAUGACGUGAAAACGCGCAUUCGGUUUCCAUCGACGUAUACAUGCCUGUCUGGUGGUUUAUUUUACUGGACUCCAAAUGUAUUAUCCGUUCUCGCGGUGCUGCACCAUGACAGUCAGCCGUUGCACUUAAAAAGCAAACUUUGCCCAGGAUUUCCAAUUUCUUAAGUUUUUUAAACAUCCUCCAGUGUUCUCCUUCUAAAUGAACUAUCCCUUACCCUUAGUAGUUCUGAUCGGAGUUAUUACAUUCUCUAUUUUUAGUGCAGCAAAAAAUAUGAACCGAAAGACAUUAUCUUGUUAAAUCCCGAAUCCGAAGAGGAUCAAAAAAUUGCCUUGGAUCGCCUCCGUGCUUCAAAGGAAUCGAGUAAAAAGGUUCGUUUUGUCAUUCAUUUAGUCAGUUUUGUGGGCUAAACCUCCAUGAUAUGGGUCCCAACGAGAUUUCAUGUUGUUACCGGAGAUUGUAAGAAUUAGACUGGAAGCUUGUAUCUUUUCAUUCCGUUUCCAGUUGACCCUUCUAGAGUGGUACGAUUUCUAGUGAAAAAGUAAUCUUUACAUGAUGGGCGUCCAGCGUGUUAUUUUGUGCUUGCUGCAACUAAGGCCAUGCUAGCCGUCCAUAUCUAAUUUUAGACGCAAGUGUUGAGAUCGUAUGUCCGCAAAACUGCAAGAUGACAUUUCGUGUUCAUCGUUGCUUAUCAGUUCGUAACACCUUCGGUCGUCUUUGUUAGCCCCUUAUCCAAGGCGUAUGUUUAAGACGGGUAAUCCGUCCUAUGCGAAUUUUGUGGAGCAACCCACCUCAGUUUGACACGUUGUGCACCAGGGCAAUUGGUGUCUGGUUGAAAGCAAACAACUGAUUCAUCAGCUCGGAUGUUUACUGUUCCGGCUUCAUUAGAUUCGCACAUGCCAUUUGCGACGUAUGCACAGGAGCUUUUAGAUUUCAGCCAACUGUCAUAUCCAUCAUGGGUUUUGCCGCCGCGUCACACCGCAGGCACCUUUCGGUGUUCCGUUACAUGUUAUUGUGCAGUAUGACUUCGGCGAUCGAGUGCUGGAUGCAUUGGGGUCAGGCUUUAUCCCCUGAACUUGUCAUAUUGAUCACUUUGCCUUCGGUUGGUGACAGUCGGUCUUCUGCAUUAUCAGUCACUAAUUAAUCAGCUUUUAACCUGAGAGCGAAACCUUUCGGAACCUCACUUCAAAUUUUAGUUUUGACACCGUCAAGAUGGCUAGUUGAAGCCAUAGAAUUUGAAUACAUAAAAAUACCUGUACAGCAUCUCUGGUCCAUAGUCUGCUGCUUACGGGGUGCUGACUCAAUUCACGGGAGUCUUGCUAACGAGGGCAAUCCAAGGUAAUGAUUGAAGACUCAGCCAACUUCGGAAUAGAUCCUACAGGACCAGUCGGAAUCGACGUGACUGCAAGUAAACCAUGUUGAAGAAAAUCGCGACUCAGAAGAAGCCUGUUCGUUUAACGUUUCGAAUUGUAACUCGAGCCGAUCAUCAGGGACAGUCAAGAUAAGCUGCUAUUUAUAGUACCCAUGUGGUUGCAUGGCACUUACGUUCUAUAAACAUUACACCCCUUGUGCCCCUAUAAUUCUUUUCCCGAUUGCCUCUGAUGGAUUUGAGUGAGGAUCCGCAACUUCUGGCGAAUAAACAUCGCGUUUCAGCAGUCGCCUCAUUUCCUUAUUCUUUUGAGCUACCUUUUGGAAAUAGCCUCCUCGUUUCUGUCGAUGUUGCGACUGUCAGCAACGCGCGGGGAAUUUGUUCGACAGAUCAUAUGUCCACCCAGAGUUUCCGCUUUUAAAUUUCAGCAACAUACCCGGGAACAAACUAAUUUCCAGGCCAGUCUGAGACUGGUCACUCGAGCGAUUCAGCACGGUAAUAUUCGUAGCAGGGAGGCCCCCGAUGCAUAGACCCGCGGUCAUUUUGACAGCUGUUCAUUUGCGAUUAACAGUGGACUUCUAAGCCACGCUUUCUGACCAGGAUGCUGAUGCUGCUGACGAUUGUGUAUCUGUUCCCGGCUCCGGUUUUUUUUAUUGAAGACAGUCGGAAAUAAAUCGUUGGGAGGCUGGGGAGGGGAGGAAACGCCAGACAUGUACUUAUUUGCCCCUUCUAGUUCCCCAACGGCUGCCCGUCUCGCUUGUUCGAGGUUUUUGCCGUAACUUCGGGCUUGUCGGAAACUAACCGCUUGAGAGGGAAGACGAGUGAACGCUUUUACUUCCACAGUGCCGUACUCGAACUUGCGGUAUUUUUGAGAUGCUAUGUGUGCCGUUCAUCGCAUCCUUUUCGUCUGCUUACUCACUUUACUAAAGAGCCCACAUGCAGCCAGAUAUUCUUCAGCUCGCCGCUCGUCUGGUAGUCGUUUGCUGGCCUAACAAACACUCACCCCUGCGUUUGGGGUUCAACAUGCAAACAUAUAUACCAAACCACUUGACAGUGUGGCUCAUAGUCGGUUGGAACCAGCACUUAGGUUUGCCUACGUGUCAAAACCUGCGACCUGCUAUAGUUAUUAUUGGUUAUGGGACCCUUGGGAAGCUUCAUGAUGCGCGUUUCUGGUCACAUUGGACACUGAACAUCCCACGGAAUCCUAACGCGAGUGUCCUCUGCGCAACAACAAUUUAAAACAACCGAGGGCGCAAGAGUCCGACAUGGAGGCUGCAUUUUAAUAACACCAGCCAAGUACCAGAAUUGCCACGUUUUCCAAAAAAGUGUCUCCCUCUUUUUUACAGUCAACUUCGUCUAAAAUCCAAAAGAAGACUUCUGAUGCAGUUGCUGGCGGAAAGCGCACAGCCGACUCCAGUCACCCAGUCCCAGUAAAGAAGGAGAAGAAAGAGGAGGAGCGGCAGGAGGAGCCGUCAAAUCAUCACAACGGAUCUAUACAGGAUGACCCUAACGCGUCAUCGGUCUAUAAGUCGCUGUUUACAACAUCGAAAGAAGCUCUGAAUCAGCCGAAAGCCCAUUGGGUCACGUUUAACCCACUGUAUUUCAGAUGACUUUUGACUUCACUUGUUGCUCACCUGUAAAUAUAUUUCCGCCUUCUUUUGUGCUUAGUAUUGUUCUGCCCCAGUUGCUUCGUCUGAGUUCCGUAAGUUCUAACCUUUAUUACAGAGUUAUGUAAAGCCCAUUACUCCUCUUAGAAGGACAUUAUUAAGGCCUUAUUUCAUACAGUCGUGUUGUAGGCCUUGUUAGCCCAAAACCCGAUUUUACUACAGACAUGAACAUUGGAACAGUUUUUGUUGAAGCCUUGCCGACUUAAAUUGAGGAAGUUGGGAGAUGCAUCAGAUAAACAGUUUGUUGAACUGUGUUCUGAAGACCUGACCCAUCUUGUUCACAACAAGAAUACUGGCACAUCAUUUUUCCUAAUGUUCACUUGUGACCAUUGCCUCGCAGACGCACCACAUUCUGGUACGAACGAAGGUGCGAGUUCCAAGGGACAGUUGGGAAGGGUGCGCGACCUUCUCAUACUCCCCUCUCCUGAGACACGCCUGGUUACGGUCUUGAGCCUGUCAUAGGAAGCCGCUACUUGCGUCUCGUCACUAUCCUACGUUUUUAUGUGCACCGCAACAACUGCAACACUGACGUCGGCACCACGAAGACACACAAGUGCAGUCUUCCAUGACGUCGGCCUCCUUUGCAUAAGCGAAGCUUCGGCCUGGUUAGCCAGAGCGGCUGCGGCACCAUUUAAAUCAGUGUUAUCAGUGAUACCGCCCUUGUAGAGGCGGAGGCGCAUCUCGGCCCCUGCGGCUCGAGCCAUGACAAGUCAAGCGUAGGCGAGUAGCGUCCACAUUGUACUGUGUCAGAGUCCGCGUGGUAGAGCUCGGCGCCGCCGGCGCGCAAGGAGCUCUUACGCUCCAGCAUUCUGUACCCAGUCUCCCCCCCCUUCUUCAGCGAAUAGGCAGUUGUGAACCGUGCAAGCGGCAAUGUCUUCGCAUGUCUGGACACCGGCCUGGCAAGGCUGUUACCCAUAAAAGGAGCUAUAUUACGACAAGGCAAAUGUUGCCUGGUUUGUAGGAGUACGUCACGCGCCACCGUCGCCUUACGAGCCGGGCCUCGCUCAUCGCCUGGAACAUAUUCCCUCAAGUCUCCCUGACAAGGACCUACUGGGUCUGCCUUACGUUUGCGGCAACUUAAGUGUCCAGAGUUCUUCCAGUGGACUGGAUGUCAUGUACACAUACAGACGUUUUUCGCCAGAGAGGAAAUCCGUAGUCUACUGGUAGGUAUACAGUCAAGGCUUUGAGCCUUCAAUCAUUAACAAUGCGCACUGUUUCUACUUUCCGUCUGGGCUGUAAUUGCUCUUGUGCCGGGCACAGGCAAAACACCAGGGUCUAACUUCGUUAUCCGUUAUGGUGGUGUCUGGCUGCUCCGACAGACGUCAGGAGAUGAGGUCAUUCGCGACAUGAUGUCCUAUCUUCCUUGUCUCGUCUGCUUGGGGCCAAAGAACACGAUUGAUAUUUUUGUCAGUAUCAUGAAAGUCAACUCUGGAGACUGGUAAAUACAUGCGAUAUAUGGUCGCCAACGCCAAGUCGUAUACUUUGCUGCGGAGGACUGAGAUGAGCGGGUCGUCACAGUAAAUCCAGCCAUCCAUCAGGUCCCCCACUGGUUUGCCAUUGGUGAUCCCUGUUAGGGCCACCCAGAACGCAGCGCAUCAUUCAUGUCGUCCGGUGUUCACGCGCAGCGGGGACCAUCAAGCCGCAGGCCAGUCUCGUCUAACGAGCUCCCACUCUAAUCAGCGCGCCGUCUGACCGUACACGACCUUCCGGUGCCAACAUCCCUUGAGGGCCUACUCACACUGACGCUCAGAUGACAACCAACGAGAAUACGCGAAUCGGGGAAAGACAUUGUCCUUAAGUAUGAUGCCCUGGACAGAAGGGUUGGACAGUUGAUGUACGCACAACGACUGUCGCAGUAAGGUCGUUCUCUGCCCUUCUGUCGGCUUUCUGUCCCACGAAAGGACUGAUGAAAUACUACUGGGGGAAUGUAACACGUGUGGUAAUGGUGGCUGGCCGGUGUGCUCUUAGAACACGUCGCUGAUGUAGUAUUCAAGUAACCGAGGAACGCAGCACCAAUUGACUGCAUUCUUGUGGGCGAGCACUGGGUAGGUGUGGCCCUUACCUGUCGUCCAAUUCAUGAAGACGCGCCUAGCGGGGGGGGGGUGGGGGGCACAGUUCACACCACGUGAGAAUGGCGCUCUCCGCCUGCGUCUCAAAAGCUUCACGAAAAAGCCCUUUGUUCAUCGACUCUCACACAGUAAAGCAAUCAGCCGCCCUCAUCUGGGCGACAUCGACUGCUGCGCUUUGCUGGAAAAUAGGGGAUGGCUCUUUUUUCCCAGGUGGGUGCUCAGCCACGAGUGCAGAUAUUCCUUCUGCAUUGCCGGCGACUGCUUACUCCGCAGCCAGCCGUCAUCGAAGACUGUGAACGCGUGGGUUAACCCGCAGCUGGACUGACAGCCUCACGUGGCUAUAGUCUUGGCGAGUUAACUGGGCGUUCGUCGCUUCCAAACUCAGGCGACGCUCUAGCGCUAGCUUGGAAGGGGAGUCGACGUGUUCUAGCAGACGGGUCGUAUGCGUAGUGAGAGAGGGGUGGAGAAUAAGCCCCUUUGAGAACGUUUCAGAAAAACACCCCAGUCACCAAAUGCAAGAUGCGAAGCCUAAUCUCAGCUCCGGCGUUUCAGCCGAGAGUGAUGUAACGGGAUGCGGAAGCCACAAUAGGCUAGACUGAGUGACUUCGCAGCAGUCAGGCCAGAGUGAGACACGCGAUCAAGGUCACCAAAAAUCUCUGCAUGUCAUAAAAUGUCGCACCACGUUGUCGACCAGAAAAACGCCAGGAGCAUGCGAAGUAUACGUCUCAAAUAAAAAAUGCCCUCUAUUUGCUGCAGCAAAGAUGACAGCUGAAUAGUCACGCAUAAGUGGGAGAAUGCAAGCAUCUACUUAUCGCCGGAUUAAGGGCUGGAAGAUGUGAUAGGUACGUAGACGUCGAAUGUGAUGUGGUAAUGUAGGCCUCUUGUUAAGGAAGGAUUUGACGUCGGAGGGAGGAGGAUGCGAAAGGGGAGGACGGGGAACACCGAAGUACUGGAAAGAUUGAACUUCGCCAUGGAGGGGAUGCCUAGACCUGACUGAAACCUUUCUUGGGAGGCUGGAGACCAACCUCAUUUUCGGCGGGAUGACCAACAACCAUAUCAACAGCAUACUUAAUGCCUUAGCAGCUGUUAGGUUAUCUCAGAUCAUCGGCAUGCAAAGAACGGAAAGGUGGGGGAAUUGAUUUGCAGUUGACUGACUGGUCAGACUGGGUUUGGAAGAUCAAGAGAUAAUUUAACGGGAAGAGCCUCAUUAAGACUGUUUGUCCGGGCGAAGAUGCAGUUGGGGGCUAUAAAAGGUGCUGUAAGCGCCUCCUCUGUCCUCGGCACACCACGGCUCUCUCCUGUCAUUGCUCACGUCCCCGCAUUCUCCAGCAGAACCACCUACAUUCGAGAUGGAUAGUCUAUUCACGUUGCGCCGUUCAUUCUUGUAUUAUUAUAUCCCUUCUUUUGCCUCUUAAACGGGCCACGCGGUAGAUACGUUGGACCAACACGGGGUUACAUCGAAUUCUGGCAGGCGUUAUCAGGAAUACGCACUCCUAACGAAUUUCGGCAUUCGCAGUGCGGUAGGUCCACACGACAGUCUUACCGUCGAUUUCGACAGCAGGGUUGGAGCAGGGAUGGUGACUUGCUCAGCAUCUGCCACACCCUCCCCUCCUCCCCCGCCUGGGUCUGGUGUCAUGACAGAGUUAAGAAGACGGGAAGCAGGAGAGACUGCGGGUGGCUGACGCGACGAAACCCGCACCUAGGGGCGUACCACUACAUCCCCUCGUAAAUAACAAAUAUUUAACCGGGUUUUUAAACAACAACAAAAAGGGGCGGGGAUGGCACGUAUUCCAAUUGGCGUGACGUCAGCCGACGACUGGGCGUGCCACCGCACCCCAGUGCGAAUUCCCGACAAUACUUGUCGGACUUCGAUCUAGUUCCCGGAUUGGUUCAGCGCAUCUAUCACGUGGCCCGUUCUACGGUUGCAUCUGCGUGUGACGUACCUCAGACGUAGGCUGUCAUGGUAAGGCCUCCAAAAUUUUCCCAUGUAUCCUGUGAUAAGUUGCUUUUUCACUAUGUAGUUAUGCGUGAUUGCUCUAUUCUCUUAAGGUCGACCUCACUCAUAAAUGUUUCAUCUAUUUAAAAACGGCUUUAGCUUGCUGCGCAAACUUGAUUUCAAGGAGCGAUGAUCGUAUUGGGAGCCGUUUUGACGAGACCGCUCAGAAGGAACUGUGCCGUAGAGGCGGAUGGGAAGUCGUUCUCGCAGAGGCAAUUGAAGUUUUGCUAACCAUAUCGCCUCGCCUACAUCAAAAAAGACCGAGCCGACUGUACGCGGCACGCUUUUGCAAGAAAUCAGUGCACACAGCGACAUCAGAGUGGGGUUGGGGCUAGGAGCUAGAGUGACUUUUUGAUAUCGAUUGCAUACCCUCUCAAAACAGCCAUUUAGGUUGUUGAACGAAAAUUAUGAACGCGCGGAACCACUACUCAAAUGCUGUGGGUAGCCUUAUAUGACUAAAUAAACAAUAAAUGCCGGAAAUACUCAAAUCGCUCCCAGCUGCGCGCGAUGAACCAACUGCGCUCAGCUCUAUCGCCAGUUUCUUGGCAGAAUUGUACAGCCAGUUGGUGCAUGGGGAGGUGGGAGGAAGAGAGAAUGAGGCAUGCACUGGGGAUGUUACCCUCACAGCACAUCGGCGCAGUCCAUACAACACUAACUCCGACGCACUAUCAUCUACCGCGACGAGCUAGGAGUCGCGGUUUGGAGAUUGCCAACUGAUAUGAUAAUUUCGUUUUUCUUAGAACUGGGACUCAGGCUGCAAUGGCUCCUUUUGAAUGCGGGCCUUAUGAUACCCUCACUCAUGCCGAGUCGCCAUAACAGUAGCCCGGUGCAUGUGUAUCGCGUGUGGUGCGCGUAGAGAGGCUAUUUAGCUUUGUCUGCCACUACGUCCGGCUACGUGAUUUUCCCAAUGCACACCAGAACCCUGCAACCCCUAUCAUGCUGUCUAUUACUUGAAGGAGGAUGUGGCAAGUCCUGUGCAGCGUAGGAGGGUUGUGUCAGAUGUGAUGUAAAACCCAUGACUGGUACAGUUUAAUUAUCAAUCCGUAGUCGGAUUACCCUGUUUGUCUCGCGUGUGCAUGAUGCACGCCGAUGUUCGCCGUUAGCACCCUUUCACAGCCCUUCCCUGAAGUAGCCCAAAGAGUUGCAACCCCACCGGUAGUCUUGCAGGCAUGACAGAAGCACUCACAGACUCGAAGUGAAUCGUGUAUAAGUUUAUUGUAUUUUUGUAUCCCUUGUAUGUUCUAAUCUCUUUAUAGAUAGUAUUGCGGUUUUAUACCUUCAUACCCCCUUUUAUCACUAUGCAUAUACAUUCGUGUUUAGUGCGGUCUUUAGUGACUCCUUUCAGUGCUUCCUUCGUCAGAAAACGAUCCCAAAUGCUUUGCUUAAUCGCGUAUGUUUUGUACUGAACGUCUUUGGCCGGAGAGUGACCCCCAGCUUUUACUGCCACUCCAGUCUUUUGUUGUCUUUGGGGUCUCAGUAUCGUAGGUUCCAGUUGUACUUGCGAUUUUUAGUGAAAAUCUGCUGUGGAUUUUUUUCGGUUGUUCGACCACCACUCCUGCUGCCGGCUUCAUGUCGCUGCGCAUAAGGCCUUCAGUCGGGCAUACACAGGUGAGGAUAAAGUGUAACAUCUUAGCUGGUCUCGAUUUGGUCUUUUAUCUGGAAAAAUGUGACAGUAGAACACGGACGGACACUUCACGGAUCAUCCUAGACUUCCAAACUGAGUUGAGCACUCGCGCCAGCCCUAAAUAAUGAUCAGACUGGUGUGUACCAUUAUCGUAGUAAGGACGCUCACCGAUCGGGUUGCGAGACUUACGUGUCCCUUUGCGUCGUGGGGUUUAAUGUAAAGUCGUCACAGACAGUCACUUAGCGACCAGAAACAUAUGUAGAUGAAAAUCACAGACGAAGACAAGGGAGGAGACACGAUCGCUGGAACGAGGGCUUCAUCAGCCUGACGCUCCGGAUUCUUAGUUUGAUCCAUUGUCAGGGAAAGAGUCCGAUAAGGGUAGCAAAUUGCCCAGGUAUUGCAGUAUUUAUAGGAUAUGGUUGCUAGGCCGCUACAUGCCUACGUGACAGUUCCCGAGUGCAUUGCUAGUCGACUGACCAGGUGUUGAAGUAUGCAAUUGCUAUACCCUUGUGUGCCGGUCAAGAUUAUUGGUUCCCUCUCUCAUCGCACGCAGUCGAAUUGCUGACUGCCGGAUCUUGUCACUUGUGUGGACUUUGGGCAAUUUGGCUCUUCGACAUUCACAUCAGAAACGCUGAUCAUCCGCGCGCCCUCCUUACUGCUAAUUAUUUUACCUAGGCAAAGUCUCAUUGUCGAAUGUGGAGCGGGGAGAUCGCUGCGCCUUUGGUUGACUGAGGACCGGAAGACCAUGAUUCGGCAGUUCGCGGCUCACGGGGACGUUGCCUCUAGCAUGAAUCUCUCCUUCGUCAAACUGAAGUGUAUGGUUGGGUCCAGUCGAAUGAGUGGUGACUUGGGAGCUGCCGUCUUUCCUCCUCAAUACUGUUGCAUGCUCGGCCGCCCCCGUCCGGAGUAGUCUUCCGGUGUUUCUGACAUGGUUGCUUUGUCUAAAACUGCAACAGGCCCGGUAAACGACUACAGAUUAAAGUGCGACUCCGAAGCGUUAGGCUUAUAGAGCUCUUGUUCCAGCAAUUUUGUCUCCUUUGCGACCACUUCCUGGAACUCGCCUCUUCUCUUUUAUUAUCAAAGACAAAGGAGACUGGAAUAGCCACAUCUGGCCUAAUAGUCGUCAUAAAUCAGCCAUAAUCAACUUUAGGUUCGCAGCACCUGAAAUUUGAACCCGAGAACUUUGUCAUUGAGUUUGUCGAAGGUGCGAUGGUCGACAACUUGGAGGUUCCUAAAUCAGAAGGCAACGAAGAUAAUUAGGCGGACGAAUUUUUUUCUGAGGCCGAGAGUGUACACACAGCAUCGCAAACAGUUGCAUCUGAAGUUCUCGCCAAGCAAAAGUCGGUCAGGAUGCAUGUGCCCGAAGUCCGCUUGGCUGCGGUCAUUUGGUGGGGAGGAGAAUAUCGGUCAGUAUCACGGCGUCGCAAGACGGAGAUUGAGUCAUGCGUGGACGCAACGCUUCUUAUGUGUACUUCGCGAACCGAAGGCGGCAGGGCAAAGUGAUGGCGUGGACGAACAUGAGAGCGGGCAGCCACAAGUCUAGCACUACCCAUGGGCCCCUCCUGAAUAAAUUACUGGUCGCUAUAUGGCUGCCUGUGAAUAAUUUACAUUGAGCCCCAAGGCACAGCGGGAUGAGCAGGUCCCAUAACCCGAUCGGUGAGCGUCCAUACUACGGUAACUGACAUUCCUGAUGACAAUGGACUAGACAAUAGGCUCCCGACUCACUGGCAUUUGCCCUUAGAACAGGCCGCGCCGUAGGUGCAGUGGACCAACACGAGGACUAAAUCAGGAUCCCGCACGUAUUUUUUGGCUGCGCAGCUAUGACAAAUUUAAUACGUGUGGGGUAUAGUGGCACGCCUAAAUACAGGCUAACGUCUCGCUGGCCACCUGCGCCUGGUCGCAUCUCCGGCUUCUGGAGUCCCUCGUGACGUCGGGCUCAAGUAAGUGGAGGAAGAGAGGAUGUGUGGUAGACGCAGAGCAAGUCUGCUUUUACAAUAAACCUCUUUCGCGCGCAAGUCACCGUUCCAAAGUCCGGUCUGCUGGGGAGAACUAACUCCGGUAACUUAACUGACGGUGGACAUUGUCAGAAUCGACGGUCGAACUGAGGGCUCAGUGGCAGAUUGGUGAACUCAAUGCGUAAAGAUGACUGGUUUGAAACCCGGGCGUUGUAAACCUGGGGUCAGGUAUGGCCGGCUGACAACGGCCUGGAACUAAUGCCAUUACCUGCGCUUUCAUCGACCUGGAGGGCAUGGCUGAGCUAGAGCAGCAGCCGGAUUUUUCAGAACAACUAGAGCGUACUAGCCUUCAGGUUAAAGCCAUCCCUCUGUUCGCCACUUCCAACACAAUCUUGUGCGAUGUGUCUCGCGGUUUCUCUCGCACUAUAGUACCAAAGAAGAUGCGAUGAGAUGUCUUCACCAUGUUACACAAUUUUGCCCACCCUGGCAUAUGGGUUACUUAGCGCUUCGUCAGCGAUCGUUUCGUCUGGCCCAGGCCAAACUGCUACCCGCCAGUGGACUCGCCGAUGUUUGAUCUGUAAUGAAGCCAAAAUCGGACGGCACAAUAAGGUUCCAGUUAAGACUUUUCUUCCACCUGCCGCACUUUUUACACAUAUGCACGGGGUCCAGUGCCAGCAACCCGUGAUAUCAAGUAUUCGCUCACAGCUAUUGACCGAUUUAUGCUACGGCCCAUCGCAACUCUGAUAAUUAACAUCGUUGCAGAUACUGUCGCUCGUGCUUUUUUGUAACACAGGAUAUAUUGUUAUGGUGUUCUCACAACUAUUAAAACCGACUAAGGCCAGCAAUUUGAAUAUAAACUUAUAAAGACCCAUACUGACCUCCUCGAUGCUUCCGCAUACACAGGACAGCUUACCACCCCCGUCCAACGGCCUAGUUGAACCUUUCCACCGUCAGCUCAAAACCUCGCUCCGGGCCUAUGAUAACCCCACUCAUUUCAGUGAGCAUCUUUCUUUGACCAUGCUCGAUAUUCGCACCUUGCUAAAACCCGACUUGUGUGCUCCACUGCCGAACUUGUUUACGAGACUACCCUACAGAUUCCUGGCCAUUUCAGAAUUCUUUCGACGGUCGUUGUUGUGGGGCAGUAAGUCAUUUUGAAACAUAACAUGAUGAUAGGGAAUAUGUAAACGUGGGCUGCCUCAGGACGGCAUCCCGAGCCCUCCCUCGAAUGAGUCCUCUGGAAGCUUUUCUCCGCUCUUCCAGCUUCACUCUCUGCUUUUGCUCCACGUUGCAUAUCCCCACUAAAACCGCAUUCACAUCUGUCCCUACUCCCAUAGCGGGGCACACUUAAGGUACUCCACUUCUGCAUUCACAAUCUAACCUGCACGGACCAACCUUUUUUCUCGCAUAAGACAUAAUUUUCCAUUUCACAAACAAGGUAUAAAUCAUACGUUUAAUACGUAAACACGUAUUUUGGCCUCAUUCAGUGUCGCCGUCAGCUUCGACUGGAAGCUCAAUGACUAUAUAUUCUUGCGGCCGGAAACACGUCUACUUAUCGAAAUUGUUUUAAUUCAGUCUACAUUCCGUCAGUUGGUUUUGUAUUAAGCAAACGAAGACCAAUGCAACGUAACAAUCGAGAGGGUCCUGAUACUAGAGAAUUAUGCCUGAAAAACUGCUGGUGAAUAAUGUGGCGAAUGGAAUGGUGCGAAUGAAAACAGCUAAAUGAACGCAGGCAGUUAGGGGCUGGGAGCUUCAUGCUCUGGUAGAAAGCGGAAGGUGUCCGACCUCCAGUCAGGCAUCGUUGUCCGUGAUGUCAUCCAGAAAUGGUCGCUCAUUUUCCCCUGCAGAUUUAGGUCCGAUCAGGUCGGGGAAAUAAUCAACUGAAAAGAGACGGUUGACAGUGAAUUCCCAUCGCAGCUGUCCACACCUCCAUGCUGUCAAAUUGGAGAAAAUCGUGACAGUCGGCUACCAGGCACAGCCAACCUAUGCGUGCUAGGCAAGGUUACAUGUAAUAAGUAGAACGAAAGAAUAGUCAGUUUGAGUCAGUUUAUUAAGAGAAUAAAGCUUCCGCCCUUGAGCUCUCUAUUCCUAUCGAUAAAAAGGAAGAGAAUCGAUUGUUACAUCAGCAAAUCUGAAGGUAUUGCCGUGAGGAAUUUGCGGGUGCAAGAGAUUACUCUUACUGUAUCCACAAUAUCCAAGCAACUAACACGGACUAAUGAUGUUACUUGAAAAAACUCAGUUGGUAUUGUGGUAGUAGUUGGUGGGAAAGAACUAGCGUUUGUGUAUUUGAUGUACGCGAGACCAGUUAUCUUGUUCAGGACCGACAUCUUUUACUAUAUGCAGCGUACAAUUCUCAAAGUCAAAAACCUGAUAAAAUACAUUUGAGUUAAGCAGUUGCUCAAUUGCCUCAUCUUCCUUAUAAUCAUGCGCUAGUUGUAAUAAAAUCAAAUCUUCAGGAAUAUUUGACAAGGAGAAAGGAAGCAGUAGUACCCUUUGAGCUAAAGGCCUUAGGCAUUUGUAUUUUAACUUCCAGGGUUAAGCAUGUAAUUUUAAAUGUAAGUUUUAUUCCUCGAGGUUGUCAUUUCUAAUAGCUGGCGACCUGAAGCCCUUAAUAUAAGGCAAAGUUUCCAUUAACAAGGAAUUUACUUGUUCCUUGCUUGUUUCCCUGUCUACUUUGUUCAUGUCGUGCUUCCGUCCUAUUUCCGUUUUCGUGUUUUUGGAGUUAUAGUCUAAUUCAUAGCUUUUCUUCGGAAUUGUCUCGUGACUUGCACAAGAGAUUUCACUUGUUUGAUAGUAUUCUACAUGUUUUGGAGGUACAUGUAUGCGAAUAACAAAAAAACGUAGGAAGUUGUACAAGUAAAGGUCUGUGAACGUCUAGUCAACCUAUUGACCUUUACGUAGGCCGUUUGAGCUUACUGCGUUAAGUUGUAUGUAAUCAGUGGUAUUUUAAAUCUCGUCUACGUUCGUCAUGAUUCGUACGUAUGAUUUGCCAGUUAGAAUUGGAAAUUGGUUUGAGGAUGAGAUAGAAGAGGAGGUAAUUUAAUAUGAUACUUUUAUCUUUAGGCGUGCCUGAGUCGUACAAAAGAAAAAGAAUCUGAAUUUCGCCGUAUAUGCGAAAUGCUUGAGUCAUUAAUGCAGAAGAGAGACUGUAAAGUUCGUAAUUUGUGCACGCUUUAUCUUAAAAGAAUCUGUCGAAGGAUUCCUGUUUGCAGUUCAACGAACCUUACCUUAUUCAAUGCAACGUCAAUGAUACUCCAAGUAGUGGUGAAGACAUCAUUCGUAGUUUCUGUCUUUCUUUGGGUUGCAUACCAUCCCCAAAUGUUUUCAAAACUGAAGAGGACCUUUACAAUGAGCUAAUUUCCAAUGGGGUUGCUGUAGCCACUAGGACCUUUCAACCGUCUUUCAGGAAUUGUUUUUACAUUAAAAGGUAAUUUAGAAAAAAAUCGUUUAUUUCGUUUCGGUUUUCAUCAUGAAAAUUGGCAGAUUUGGAAAGGCUUUAGGCGGCAAGUCAGCAAUUAAAUUAAACAAAAAUCAACGGACAAUUUAUUGAUUGCUUAGCACAAGUACCGUUGUGAACUAUGGCACUUUAGUAUUUAAGAUACAACCAGGCGGAUUUGAUCAUUGUUCUAAUCAGUGAUUUCGUACAUUCACCGUUUCCUUUAGAUAAUUUUCGUGAAAGUAUUUCAUAUUUUCUGGCUAAAGGACACCUUUUUACAUCCCUAGCAUUGGCGAUUCGACUGCGGUUCGCCGUGUUGUUUAUGGCGAAGCGGUUUAUUUGUGUUUACAACGAGAGGAGACCGAUAAGGAAAAAGCUUUCUUGAACGACAGCGCCAAUGUUAUUGCCAUUGGUAGCAGACCUUCAAUUCUCGGCGAACCCGGGCCAAAGUCUGGUGGAUGUGCAGUGUUUUACGGUAAAAUCCCCAAGAAAACCGAAGUUCCCUUUGUAUUUCAUUGGAAGCUUGAGCACUUUAAUCCCAAAGAACGUCUUGAGUAUGAAGGAACUCCGGUCAAGGUAAUCAAACUCAUCCAAGGAACAUGGUAUCCUGAUUAUCAAGUCGUUUUUCUUAAAAGCCCAUUUAUAUACGUUAAUUGUGGGUUUAAGUAGCAUCCUGAUCCCUAUAAUCUUAAAAAAUCGACAUGGGUAAAAAGACAAAUGAUUAAUUUUCUGUGUUUAAAGGUAAGGAAAUGUAUGACAUGUUAACUGAUAUAGGUAUAAGUUUGAACUUUUUAGUAUCACCCAAUUCUCUAUUAAAAAACUUCACGCUUUUAUUUUUGUAUAUCAAAAAUCCCGGCCAAGCUUCCCCGUGAGUUUUUGGUUUUUCUCCUACCAAGCUUGGGAUUUGUUCAUAAUUACUAUUGAAAUCAGGAGAGGUUUUCAUUUUUUACACAAGAUAAAAUGUUUUGAACAUUUUAAUAAACUUGGAGAAAGUUUGCCUAGGUUCGGCUGUAGAAGAAACAUUUUGGUAGUUUGCACAAUGUCCUCUAUUAACGCAUUGAGCAGAGCAAAUGUUUACAAGUCCAUAGGACAGCAUCACACUUAUCAUUCGUCCGGGUAGAUAUGAAAAAGAACACCGUUUUCCGUUAAUGUUUAGAAAAACAUAAUGGAGGCCACUAAGGAAUCGUCAAAACUGCAUGAGGUUUAACGACAAGCCAGGCUUUAAAACUGCAAAGAAAAGUCACAUGUAUGCAAUACUCUGUGAUUGGGACGCUUUCUGACUCGGACGUCAUUGGAGCAUUGUGCUAAGGUCGAAAUAAGAGUUUUUUUUAUAAUUUUGAGUUAAUCUGAAAGUGUGGGUACUAGUGGUCUGUUGCUCUCAAUUUGUUCGUCCUGCUCUCAUCGUGCUUGAUUUUAUGUUAUAGCAAAUUGCUUGUGAACUUAAACUCGCAAUCCUUAUUAUUUUUUGCAUCAUGUGAGACUCUUAACAUUUUCGGAAACUGCUAUUUUAGGCUGGUGAUAAAGUAAUUAUCAAACAUAUUCAAACGAACCAGGCGCUUUCACUGGAACCCAGUGUUUUGAUAAGGUAA